UCAGGAGCCAUGCUGCUGUUGCUGACCUUGGCUUUCCUUGCUGGUCCUACCUGCAGAGCCCAGGAAAUAUGGGGCAAUAAAGUCGGCACCUAUUUCAUCAUUCGUGGUGAAGAACAGGGAGAGAUCAGGGGCAUCAAGAUCUACUUCACAAUAUUAUCACACAUCAAGGGCAUCCAGCUGCUUUUUGGCAAGCACUGGAGUAUUCUCUAUGGAAUGGCUACAGCCAGUCAUAAAGAGUGGCUCCUGGAGGAUGGUGAGCACAUAAUAAAGGUGCGUGGCGACGCCUGCUUAUGCCUGAACUCCCUGACCUUCAUCACCAACAAGGGGAAUCAUGUUCUCUUUGGUAAAAGCCAAGGGCGUUCAUUUGAGGACAGUGGAGGUCCAGACAAGCAUCUAGUGACUGUCAAUGGCAUGCUGUUAUCAGGCUGCAUUUCAGGGAUUGGCUUUGAUUGGAGACAUGUCCCAGAGAAUGUAGUCUCCACAACACCUCAAAGAGAACCAAUUACCAUCCCUAACACUUCCAAACCGAAGGAAAGAAGCAAAGAUGAAGACAAGGAUGGUGGUGAUGGAGGCAAUGACAAAGAUGAUGAUGAAAACAAUGUUC